GGGCUCUUUGUGGGGCCGCGGGCUCGGUGGGGAACCGAGAGCUCCGUGUGCUCUGCCGACGCAGCUGGCAGCGGGGCUGUCUCCGGAAGGCGGACCGGCGAACGCCUAGUGCCCGCACUCCGCCGCCUGCCGCGCCAGUCUGCGCCCCUGACAUCCUUAUUCGGGACGCGGUGGCCGUUUUUAAAUCACAAGGGCGUGGGUCAGCCUCCCCUCGGACUUCAUGUCUGUGUAUUUCCCCAUUCACUGCCCCGACUAUUUGCGAUCUGCCGAGAUGACUGAAGUGAUGAUGAACACCCCAUCCAUGGAGGAGAUUGGCCUCAACCCCCGAAAGGAUGGCCUUUCCUAUCAGAUCUUCCCCGACCCGUCAGACUUUGACCGCUGCUGCAAGCUCAAAGACCGUCUGCCCUCCAUCGUGGUGGAGCCCACGGAGGGCGAGGUGGAGAGCGGGGAGCUCCGGUGGCCCCCCGAGGAGUUCUUGGUCCAGGAGGAUGAGCAGGACAACUGUGAAGAGACAGAGAAAGACAACAAGGAGCAAUAGAGUCCCUGUCGACUCCCUCGGGGGCUACACCAAACGGCAUCUGUCCCUGAACUGUGUUCUUUCCCAUUGUGAUGGAAGAAGGGAGUGAGCCACAAUAGUUCUGAAAAUGUCAAAUGAUGGCUUCCGUUUUGCACCUGCAAAUCACCGAGCUGGUUUUCUUUUCUUUUCUUUUCUUUUUUUGAAAUGUGCUGGGCAGUGGAGCCCUCUGCGACAAUUUGCAAGGCCUUCUGAGAAAGGAAGCUGCUUAGAGCAGGGGUGGGGGGUGCGGGGAAGUGGUGCAUCUUCGAGAUUGGUAUCUGAACCUGCGCAGGCUAGAGGCAGCCCUGGGAUUCCAGUGGGCUCUGGGGGGGUGGGGGGAAGGGGGAUGUGCAUCGCGAGCAAGGAACAUUCAGGGUAAGAGAACAAACGGGAGACACGGGAAGAGAAAAUACAUGUUUGAAAGGAAGCAGCGAGCAGAGGAGUGCAGCCAGGAAGUUGCCUGCCCGCGGGCAUCUGAAAACAACACGUUCCUCUCUCUCUCCAGCUCUGCCCACCACCAGCCUUUGUUUUUAUUUCAGCUGUGUUGGUCUGUUCACGGGAGGCUGGCAAAGAAGAGUAGUAGAAACUGGCCGCCUGCGAAGUUGGCUGGAGGCAAGCGUGGGAAAGAAGGACUCCCUGCCCCUCCCCCACCCUCCGCUCCAGCUGUGGCAGGUUCUGGAGGUUUCUUAAGAGGCAGCACUCUUGAGCUUCUCUCUCCUGAUUUAUCCUUUUGCCCUCCCCUGGCCCUUUGGGAGUGGCGGGAGCACUUCCCAUCCUUGUGGGAGGACCAGGACGGACGCUUGGACACGAAGCUCCCUCCCCCCUGCUCCCCCAGGCUUGCUCUGUUCUGAGCAGAGGCACAGAGCUCUGGCUCUACCAGGCCGCCUUCCUUCUCCCUGGCAUCACCUCUGCAGCCCCUGGGCGGAGCAGUCAGGCAGGGGCGGUUCCCAGCCUGACCAGCAGCCUCACCCACUCCCAUGUGGGCUCCUGGCCCGUUUUUCUGGUGGGAGCUGAGUGGAGAGGAGACUCUCUGUUUCUUGUUGGGGAGGUGAGCUUUAAUGGCAGUCCCAAAUCUGGGAAUUAUCAGAUGGGGCUAACAGGGCUCUCAUGCAGCAGCCUGGGGAUCAAGUUUGAAAUUGAAGGUGUCAUGCCAUCGCCUGGCUUCUCCUUGCGCUCCGGAGGCAGGUGGGUGGAUGGCACGGUGAGGGAGCACUGAGCAUGGGUCCUCAUCUCUCCCCACCUCUCACCUGUCCCCUGUAAGGGCACAGUUGCACAAGAAAGCUAGCCUUAGGACUUAGAGCUUCUUAUAGUUAAGAACCAUCUGGAGCAGCAGUUUGCAAGACACACUCUUCAAACCUUCUCUAGCUCACAGCGCGAGUGUGCAGCCAAGAGGUGAGCUCAAGAUCCUCCUGGAGGCUGACCUGGGCCGACAGAGGCACCCUAGCCGCUCCCCAGUGGGUCUGGGUUGACCGCAGUUUGGGGCUUGUGCAUGGAGCUGUAUUUAAUACCUCAAGGUUAGUGUGGUUCCAGGGAGCUGGGGCAGGAUGAGGGUGUGCAGUUGACAUCUCAGCAGGAUUUGGUUCUGGGAAGCUGACGCUCACCCCUCCUCCCCCCGCUCCCUCCCCCUGUGUUGUCCGCUUGUGUUACACACACCGAUGGCAAUAACUUCUUCCAGCUCCUUGGCAGUGGGAGAGGCCCGCAGCCUGUACCGCCGGGGCGUCUCUUUCGUGCUCCUGCUGGUUCUGUUCAGGCUGCAGAGAGUCCUCCCUCCUUCCUCAUUCCCUCACAGCAGCAUGUCUCAUCCCGCACCUGCCUCCCUUCGUGGAUGGGGUCUUGCCUUUUAAAAUCCUGUGUCUCUGUGUCCCUCUCAUCUGUCCUGGUCUUGCCGUGUGAUGGGAACGUGCUUGUAAACUGCAUAACAAAUCUACUUUGUGUAUAUGUGUGUUUAUGGGGGUGACUUAUUAUUUUGCUGGUCGCUAGACACUUUUGUAUGACCCUUUGGAGUCUGAGCAGGCCGGGGGCUGACAACUCGAGUCAGGACCUGCAGCAGCGAGCCUGUGGGAGGGACCCAGCCACUCUUGGACAAGUGGCUGAGCUCCUGUCUGGCCUCCUGUUUUUUUUUGUUUUUUUUUUAAGUAACUUGUGUGUAUUUCUAACUGAUCGUAUUAAAAAAAACAAAACCCUAGUACUUCAGUAAAAAUGCCUGUUGUAAGAUGAACCUCCUGUAACUUCUGUUCUUUUUUGAGGCUCAGGGAGAAACUAGCAUUUUUUUUUUUUUCCGAACUACUUUUUGUCACUGUGACAGUUGUAAAUAAAGUUUGAAAAUGCUUUCCA